UCCUGCUCGUCGAAGGGGGCGAGUUUCACGCGGCUCGUACCUGGGCCAAGUGAAGCGAAGGUGGGGUUCGGGCCCGUUCACGUUGUUCUCGUCGGUCUCGUCCGUCAGGUAACUCCAGUCGACAGAGACCCGGUGGUUCGAACGGUUGGCUUUGAGCGUCGUUGAUCGCGAUCGAGAAUUUCGUUAACCAGAAGAUCACAUCCCCAUGGGCCGCAAGCGACGUGCCGAGUGUCAAACCCCAUGGUAAAGGCGUCGCGACGCCCCUUCAUCAGGACGCGCACCUCCUCCACCCUUUGUGCGCGUGUGUGUUUCACUUCACCGCGCCUCGUCGGUCCUGAAAACAUUUCCAAAAUACAGCACCACGUUGGGGCCCAGUCGAGGAAAUGACGGUAUCCUACGCCAGCGAGGUGCCGAACGGCUCGAGUUUCGGCUGCUUCUGGAGGAUCCUUUGCAAAUGGCGAGGAUCAGUCUACAAACUAAUAUGGCGGGAGCUAAUAGCUUAUCUCGUCGUUUACUACAUCAUCAAUUUCACAUAUCGAUACGCUCUUAAUGCAGAUCAGCAAAAGAUCUUCGAAAGGAUACGACACUACUUUGGAAAUUCAAGUGAAUCCAUCCCCAUGUCCUUCGUCCUGGGCUUUUACGUGAGUCUGGUUGUGAAGAGGUGGUGGGAGCAGUACAAACUUUUACCCUGGCCAGACAACCUGGCGCUCUUCAUCAGCGCUGCUAUUCCAGGAAAUGAUGAAAGAGGUCGGCUAAUGCGUCGGAACAUCGUGAGAUACGCUGUACUCGCCUACGUAAUCACGCUGCAGAGAAUUUCCUUGAGGGUUAAACGUCGCUUCCCAACGUUACAACACAUCGUUGAUGUCGGUCUGAUGAUGGAAUCGGAGAAAAAGAUAUUCGAAAUGAUGAACAAGAAGGCAGCGAUGUCGAAGUACUGGAUGCCCCUCGUCUGGGCGACCAACAUCAUCAACAGAGCCCGGAAAGAGGCUCUUAUCACCAGCGAUCAGGUCGUCCAAACUCUCCUCGUCGAGCUUAGUGACAUUCGUAAGCGUCUGGGAGCCCUGAUUGGUUACGACACGGUCUGCGUGCCGCUGGUUUACACUCAGGUGGUUACUCUCUCGCUGUACGCGUACUUUUUCGCGGCGCUUCUGGGUCGUCAGUUUAUACCAAGAGCCGAAGGAAGCGUUGGAAAAUACGAAGAGCCUGACAUGUACUUUCCGUUCUUCACCGCUUUGCAGUUUUGCUUCUACGUGGGAUGGCUGAAAGUUGCCGAAGUCCUGAUAAAUCCUUUCGGCGAGGACGAUGACGACAUCGAGCUGAAUUGGCUAAUAGAUCGACACAUCAAGGCGGGGUACAUGAUAGUGGACGAGAUGCACGAGGAGCAUCCGGAGCUUUUGAAGGACCAAUAUUGGGACGACGUCGUGCCGAAGGACCUGCCUUACACAGUGGCAAGUGAGCAGUACAGGCGAGAGGAGCCGAAGGGUUCGGCGGAGCUUUACAAGAUUAAGGAGAGCGACGCCCUUUACGCUAACGUACUCCUGGGUACGCACGUGCACAACCAUAGUCAGCACCGCAAAAGCGCCCAGGACGAAGUCUUCGCCGACUACGAAAGCGUCGACACGCCACUCGUUGAGAGGAGAAAAAAUUGGCUUCAGCGUCAAAUAACGAGGAUGGGGUCCGUGAGAAGCUCUUCGACGACGUACAGCAGCGGAGGUGGCUUCUUUUCCCGCAACAGACACAACAGCGUUUACAGUAGUCCAGAGGCUGGCGGCCUCCCGCAGGCCACCAACCCCAACCAGAAGAUGUCCUUGUACGACCGUUUCGUAGGUCGGAAAAGCGUCCGGAGUCAACGUAUGGGACGUCAAGGAACGCUGACGAAAUUGAACUCGAUUCCAGUUUCCCUGAAAAACCGUCCGCGUAUCCCGACGCCCGACGUGACGAAAGAAGUGGUGGACAGAGAGCAGCGUCUCGCUCUGUCGGCGAGCAAUGCUGCCAACAUUGGCGCCGGAGUGGUAGGAGUGAUGCACCAGCUUCCGGCGAACGGUCACUACCCAGCGGACCUUCCGGUGGUCCAGGUGGUCUUGUCACCUAUCCAGGAAUCGGAGGGGAGUCCGAAGGGCGGUGGCGGGAAGCCGGGAACGGCUGCGCUGGCGCAGGCAGUUCUUUCGCCGACGUUGACGAGCGCCGGUCUGGUGACGCCGGUCGCCCUGACGCCGGUGACGGUGAGUCAGCUGACGCAGCUGGGCUUCGUCACGACGACGUCGUCGUCGCCGACGUUCCGCGUCGCGCAGCAACCGGGAGGCGUGCAGGCAACUUUGACGGAGGUGAACUCGAGCGAGGAGGAAUCGGGGAGCAGCAGAAGCGGCAGCAUCGCCGGUCGUGAGGAUCGGUCGACGCCUUUAAUCGGCGAGCGGCGCUGCAGUCCGACGGCGAGUCACGGAAGCUCUCCGGCUUUCGACUGCUUUACCGACCGAUCGCCGAUCCUGAUGAGUCCGGAGAAACUGAGCGGUUACAUCGUCACCGACGUCGUCGACGGACGUGGAAGACGAUCGGCUUCGCUUCCUGGUCCCCCCGUACCCCAGCCGAGAGAGGAUCGCAGCAUGUCCUUGCCUCAUUCACCCGGCAUGCGUCAUCACCCCUACGCCACUCAGGUUAGCCCCGUUGCUGCGGAUCGGCUACUUCCUGUUCAGCCGGAGAUACGUCAUCGCGCCGGAAGCUUCAGCAGGGAUCCACCGAAACCGCCACCGGAAUUGCCGAGGAAAAUUAGCACAGCUUCGAACCCCAACAACUCGUCGAGCUCCAAUGGUAACAAUUCUUCCAACCAGAACGGUAACGCUCAGGUUCCCGGUAGCAAGAGAGGCGAGGUCUACGUUUGAUAUACUAUAUGUA